CCCCAGCUGGCAAAGUGAUAAAGACAGGCGCAGGCCACCCCGCUAACGGGCGCUGGCAACUGCGCUUAGGUCCGGGGUUACAGCCCCGGUCCCGCCCCGCCCCGCCCCACCUCUCCCUGCUGCGAGGAGAGCGGAAGCAUCGAGACUGGAACGCUGGCUACGGGGCUCCGAGGAGGAGACUGUCCGACACCAGGAAGGGCCAGGCCGGAUCUCCAAGCAGGAUGACUUUGGGAAUCUUUGCAAAUUGUAUAUUCUGCUUGAAAGUCAAGUACUUACCUCGUCAGGAGAAGAAAAAGCUGCAAACUGAUAUUAAGGAAAAUGGCGGGAAGUUUUCCUUCUUAUUAAACCCUCAGUGCACACACGUCAUCGUAGACAGUGCUGACAUCCUGAGUCGUUGUCAUCUGAACUCCAUCCAAAAGAAUGAUGUCCAGAUUGCCAACCCAGCAUUCAUCCAGGACUCUGUCAGACAGCGGAGACUCCUGGAUGUGAAGAAUUAUGAUCCCGUGUCACUGGCUAUGACAGCAGCUCCAGCUGAGAAGAGCGGUUCAGAAGUACAGUCAGAAGCUCUGCCUUCGGACAACACCCCAGAGAAGGAAAACACUGAAGUCACUGAAGUUUCUACAGAAAAUGUUGAAAUUCCUCCCUUUCUUCAAGACUUUGAAGUUGUGAAAUAUAAUAUCUUGGAAAAAGUGGGAGCAGACCGAGGCCUGGAGACGGUGGUGCUGGAGCUGCAGAGCUCCCGAGACCCAGGGAGCUGCCCCUUUGUGAUAGCAGCACACUUCCUCCUGGCUGACCAAAAGACUAGAAGAGAGAGCACUGGACAGCAAACCUCCGAAGGGGCAAUUGACUGUUAUGAAAGUUAUGUGGAAGACCUGCAGAGACGAGGAUUUCUGCUCCAGGAACACUUGACGGCCGAAGCAGCACAGUUAGCGUCUGAGAAGCUGCAGGCGUUGCUUUUGGAGGAGGUCAUAAGUUCAGGCACCCUGAGCCAGGAGGUGAGCGAUUUGCUGGAGGUGAUCUGGACAGAAGCUCUGGGCCACCUGGAACACACACUCCUCAAGCCAGUGGACAGCAUGAGCCUCAAUGACCUGAGUAAAGCAGAAGGGAUUCUCCUUCUGGUAAAGACAGCGCUCAAGAAUGGAGACUCCCAGGAACAACUGCAGAAGACCAUGGCCGAGUUCUACCGGCUGCUGCCUCACAGGCAUCCAGCAUCAGAGGAAGUUAACCUGAAGCUGUUGGCUCAGAAAGAGGACCUUUGUCAGCUAGUAAGAGACAUGGUGAAUGUUUGUGAAACUAAUUUAUCCAAACCCAACCCACCAUCUCUUGCCAAAUACCGAGCUUUGAGAUGCAAAAUCGAACAUGUUGAACAAAAUACUGAAGAAUUUUCCAGGGUUAGAAAAGAAGUGUUGCAGAAUAAUCGAAGCGAAUGCCCAGCAGAUAUCAUGCAGAUAUUUAGAGUUGGCAGAGUGAAUGAAGCUAGGGAGUUUCUGAGCGAACUGGGCAACGUGCGACCCCUGCUGCACGGAUCUCCUGUGAGGAACAUUCUUGGAAUCUUGUCCCGAGGGCUGCUCUUACCUAAGGUGGCUGAAGACCGCGGAGUGCAGAGAACAGAUGUGGGACAUCUGGGGAGCGGCAUCUACUUCAGCGACUCACUCAGUACAAGCAUCAAGUACGCACAUGCAGGAGAGACAGAUGGCUCCAGACUCCUGGUCGUCUGUGAUGUUGCCCUGGGAAAGUGUGUGGACUUUUUCAAGAAGGACUUUUCUUUAACUGAGGCGCCACCAGGCUAUGACAGUGUGCAUGGCGUUUUGGAAACAGCCUCUGUCCCCACAGACUUUCAGGACGAUGAGUUUGUUGUAUAUAAAACCAGUCAAGUUAAAAUGAAAUACAUUGUUAAAUUUUGCGUUCCUGGAGAUCAAAUAAAGGAAUUCCAUCCUCAUGAAAAUGCUGAAUUAGAGGAGCAGAGAACUGAGCUUUCCCAUGGUGCACAGGCUGAAGAUUUCCAGUUAUCAGACAUCAAACCCCUUACAAAUGUCAAAGCUGGCCUUCAGGAUGCAUCUGCAAAUUCCAUUCCUCUUGACAGUGUGCACAUCAAGGGAAGAAUAAUAGACUUUGUAGCCCAGGUCAUUGUUUUUCAGACAUACACAAACCAAAGCCUCGUGCCUAUUGAGGCCAAAUAUAUCUUCCCUUUGGAUGACAAGGCAGCCGUGUGUGGCUUUGAGGCGUUCAUCAAUGGGAAGCACAUCGUGGGAGAGAUAAAGGAGAAGGAAGAGGCCCGGCAGAAAUACCGAGAGGCUGUCAGCCACGGCCAUGGUGCUUACUUGAUGGACCAGGACGCUCCGGAUGUUUUCACUGUAAGUGUUGGAAAUUUACCCCCUCGGGCUAAAGUUCUCAUCAAAAUCACCUACAUCACGGAACUCAGCAUCCAAAGUCCUGUGGCCAUCUUCUUCAUCCCUGCCACUGUAGCACCCUGGCAACAGGACAAGGCGUUGAAUGAGAACCUUCAGGAUACAGUGGAGACAAUUCGUAUAAAGGAAAUUGGAGCAGAGCAAAGCUUUUCCCUGGCUGUGUCCAUUGAGAUGCCCUACAUGAUUGAAUUCGUUUCCAGUGACACACAUGAGCUGAGACAGAAGAGAACAGACUGUAAAGCUGUGGUUAGCACCGUGGAAGGCAGCUCCUUGGACAGCAGUGGAUUUUCUCUCCACAUUGGUUUGCGUGAUGCAUAUCUCCCAAGAAUGUGGGUUGAAAAACAUCCAGAAAAAGAAAGUGAGGCCUGCAUGCUUGUCUUCCAGCCAGAGCUUGCGGAUGUCCUCCCUGGCCUCCAUGAAAAGAAUGAAGUGGUCAUCUGUCUCGACUGCUCCAGUUCCAUGGAGGGUGUGACAUUCACGCAAGCCAGGCAGGUCGCCCUGUGCGCUCUGUCUUUGCUGGGAGAGGAGCAAAAAGUCAACAUUGUGCAGUUUGGCACAGGUUACAAGGAACUAUUUUCAUAUCCUAAGUGCAUCACAGACAAGAAAGUGGCCACAGAGUUCCUCAUGUCUGCAGCACCUUCCAUGGGGAACACAGACUUCUGGAAAUUACUCCGCUAUUUAAGUUUCCUGUACCCUUCAGAAGGGUUACGGAACAUUCUCCUCAUAUCUGAUGGGCACCUCCAGAGCGAGAGUCUGACAUUGCAGCUUGUGAAAAGAAAUAUCCAGCACACCAGAGUGUUUGCCUGUGCUGUUGGGCUUGGGGAGCCAUUGUGGCCACCAUCAUACAGACAGCACAGAGGCCACCAGACUAGCAGCCAUCUCCAUUCCCAGCCUUCUGGGAAGAAAACAGGUUGUACAUCUCUUCCUUUUAAGAGACGGCCUUGCAUGUUUAGCAGUCCUGGACUUCCUAAUGCUUAUCCGCACAAGGAAUUUGUACCCUCUCCACUUGGCCAAUGCUGUGUUGACUCAAGAGUCCCACCUGCCUCGGGUGUGCUCAGCCACGAGCUACACCCCAGCGCAUUUAAUCUGUUUAACUCUGGAACAGAAAAUUCUACAGCAAAUCGCCACCUCUUACGGACCUUGUCCCAGUGUGGUGCUGGGGUGUUUGAAUAUUUUAACUCAAAAUCUAAGCACAGUUGGAAAAAACAGAUAGAAGCCCAAAUGACCAGGAUACGUUCCCCAAGUUGCCACUCUGUCUCUGUCAAAUGGCAGCAGCUCAGCAGAGCUGCCCCGGAGCCCCUGCAGGCCCCGGCGUGGGUACCCUCCUUGUUUCACAAUGAUCGACUCCUGGUCUACGGAUUCAUUCCUCAUUGUACACAAGCAACUCUGCGCGCAAUCAUCCAAGAGAAAGAAUUUUGCACAAUGGUGUCAACUACAGAACUUCAGAAGACAACUGGGACUAUGAUUCACAAGCUGGCAGCCCGGGCGCUAAUCAGAGAUUAUGAAGACGGCAUUCUCCAUGACAAUGAAACCAACCAUGAGAUGAAGAAAAACAUCAUGAAAUCUCUGAUUAUUGAACUCAGUAAAGAAAACUCUCUUAUUACACAAUUUACCAGCUUUGUGGCAGUUGAGAAAAGGGACGUUAAUGAGAUUCCUUCUGCUAAUAUCCCAAAUAUUUCGGAACUUGUUGCCAAAGAAGACAUAGACUUUCUACCAUACCUGAGCUGGCAGGAAAAGCAGCCAGAGCUCUUCCCAUCACCGACAGAGAUUGAGUCUUCGAAACUAAAGCAAGAUGAAGUCAUUGAUGACAAUGGAUUGGCACAGCCCUUCUCCAUCUCCUCUGAAGGUUAUAAGGAACAGUCAUUGCGAUCCUCUGCUAAAAAAUGUAAAAUAAAGACUGUAAAGAUGUGUAAUCUAAACGUUCCUAAAGAUUUUGAAGAAAUGGUCGAAGUGGCCCAGUCACCUGCAACAGUGCAGUCUCCUAACUUCCACCCGCCUCUCACUGUCUGCCCACAACCGAAAGAUGUGGAGCAGCCACAGGAUGUGAUCCAGGAUGUGAUCCAGGCAGAGCCAAAGAGAAAAGGAAGAAUUAAAAGAUUUAAAAGAAUGUGCACGGCAGCAAGUGGGCUUCAAGACGUGCUUGAUUCCCAGCUUUCUUCUGCUCCUGUAAUCGAAGCUGGGCUUUCUGCCCACCCCUCUAGUUCUGCCUUCCUGUCUCCUCUCUGUGCCAUCCCUCCUCCUCCUCCUCCUCCUCCUCUUCCUCUUCUUCCUCCCCCUCUCCCAGGUGGCAUCCACUAUCCUCCCCCUCCCCCUCUUCCUGGCGGCACAUAUCUUCCUCCCCCUCUCUUUGGUAGCACCCAACCUCCUCCCCCUCCCCCUCUCUUUGGUAGCACCCAACCUCCUCCCCCUCCCCCUCCCCCUCUCUUUGGUAGCACCCAACCUCCUCCCCCUCCCCCUCCCCCUCUCUUUGGUAGCACCCAACCUCCUCCCCCUCCCCCUCUCUUUGGUGGCACCCAUCUUCCUCCCCCUCCCUCUCCCCCUGAUGUUGCCCAUCAUCCUCCCCCUCCCCCUUUCUUUGGUGGCACCCAUAUUCCUGCCCCUCCCCCUCCCCCUCCCCCUGCUGGCACCCAAUUUUCUCUUUCUCCUAUAGGAUUCAUCCCACCUAAGCUUCAUCACUGUAAGCUUGCCAGAGGUCCAAACAUCUGUGACUCAGAGUCGCCUCUCCUGGGCUCCAGGGGGAUGACCUUUAGGCCUAUGACUAGGGGUGGCACCACCUUCUCAGGUAGCUUCGAUAGCUUUGAUGCAGGGAAAUUUUCCCAAGACCCCAGCAACAACAGCUUCUCUCCCAGAGCCCCUGAGCUGGACGCUUUUCCCAGGUCACCUUUGCGCAGUCCUCCUAAGCCACCUUCUGCCCCUCCUCCUGUCACCAGGGUCCAUCAAGGCUCUUCUCUUUGUUUGCAAAGGGCCUCAGUCCAUCAGAGCUCUAGUUACAGAAUGUCAGAUAUCAGCAUGGAGUCACUUGAGUCAGCUCUCCCAUUAGAUUUUUCUUCCAGAGCUGUGCCAUUAGACCUGGUUCUAGAAGAGGCCUGGGCUGACUCGCUGAGUGGAAAUUCUUUGGAAAUGAAAACAGAUGAAGCAGCAGCAUACAUGGCAUGCAAGUUCUUAACAAGUAUUGAGACUUCCUCAGAUGAGGAAAGUGUCGUCGGUGAUGAAGACCGGAAGAGUCCUGUGUCGUGGGCUUCACUCUUUGCUCUGCAGACUGAGGAUGGUUUUUGGAGACUGACACCAGAACUAGGACUUAUACUAAAACUUAAUGUAAAUGCUCUACUCAAUUCUCUUGAAGAAAAGGGCAUUCGAUCUCUAGGUACAAAAGGGAGAGAGCGUCUCCUGGACCUGAUUGCUACUUUGCUUGUACUGCAGUUUCUUUAUACUGAGUUGGAACAAGAAUUGGAACAAGAAAGAAUGGUUGACAAAUCUCUGAGAAAGAUGGAUGACGCCUUCAUUUCUAGGAAUAUUCCAUGGGCUUUUGAGAACAUAAAGAAAGCAAGAGAAUGGGCCAGAAGGACAGAAGGACAGUAUCCAUCUAUCUGCCAACGACUGGAGCUGGGUAAAGACUGGGAGUCAGCCACAAAGCAACUACUGGGAAUUCAGCCCCAAGCCAACACUUCUCUUCACCGAAUUCUACACUACAGUCAAGGCUGAAGCCAAUGAAAUCACAUUUUAAGCCUUUCUCAUAUUUUGUUGUUUUGUUUUUGUUUUUCCAAGACAGGGUUUCUCUCUGUAGCCCUGGCUGUCCUGGAACUCACUCUGUAGAGCAGGCUGGCCUCACACUCAAGGGAUCUGCCUGCCUCUUCGUUCCAAGUGCUGGGAUUAAAUGUGUGCCCCACUGCCCUGCUGUCUUUCUCAUAUUUCUAUGUAGAAAAUAAUCAAAUAGUAAAAGGUACCACUAAUGACAUGUAAUCCAUUUUAAGUGUAGCUAUCAGCCCCUUUAAAAUAAAAUUAAUGGAAAGAAUUGAUCAAUCAUUUAACAACAAUAAAAUCUAUAAGAACUAAUAUUA